AUGAAAAUGUUAUGCAUUCUUAACUAUAAAAGUGAAUUCAUAGUGGAUGUUCCUUGUGAUGAUAUCAAAAAAUUGGAAGGAAAUGUAACUUCCCAUUUAGUUAAACAUCGUGGCAUUGAUGUCAUUCACGAACAAGAUUUUAAUUUAUUAA